AACAAGCGAUGACGUUGUCUUGUCGGCCAGCAAAAAAGAAAAAACGAACAUCCCCAGAAAACCCUUUCCUCUUCAACCAACUACUAAUACUUACUUCAUAUUGACUACACAUGCAGUACUAAUCCUCCAUGCAUAUUAUUUCCCACCUCUCUAUCUAGAGAGUUAGAGAACAUAAAAUGCAUCUCCAAUCCGUCCUCGCCGACGCCCUCUCCGCCAUCGCAGAUCCCACCCCCGACGACCCCAUCCUCAAAUGUCUCAACCACGACCUUGACGCCCAUCGCGACCUCGUCUUGGGUAAUCCAGACAAAGCUCUCCAGCUUGCCGACGCGAAAUUACGCGUUUUCCCAUUCAAAGAUGUCGAAACCUGCUGGCGACGAUUAUACACAGACGCGAGCAUCGUUAAAGCCUGUCUCACCAUCUGCGAGAACUGCGGACUCGACAGGGGAGGGAUAAUUGACAAGAAUGGCUGUGGGGCGCUUGUUACAGGCCUCAGAGAGAAUAAGAAGGAGUUGGGGAUUAGUCCCAAGGCGUCGUGGCUAUCGCCUACUGUCCAUGUGCUUGACAAAGCGUUGAUUAUGACCGGGGCGCCUCUGCGAGAGACUCUGGUGGAAUCACUGCUUGCGACACUUCAGGGAUCAACCCUGUCGAAAGCCCAGGAUACGCAUUCACCGCCAGAUUCCGAUGGCGACGGGGGUCUUGAUUGCUACCAUGCUUCGAAACGAAGGAAGCUCUCACCUCCUCUCUUCCCCCCCGACAGGGUCCCGGCCCAGAGCUUGCAGUGUCCGAUUCCUCGACUUUCUGCGCCGUCGUUCGAUUCAAUCGAGAACCAUAUUCAUAAUGUCCGGACGCCGUUGAUCAUUACCGAUGCGGUGGAACAUUGGCCCGCUAUGUCGACGAGGCCAUGGGCUUCGCGGGAUUACUGGUUCGAUCGGACCUUUGGCGGUCGUCGGCUUGUUCCUGUCGAGGUGGGAAGGUCGUAUACGGAUGAGGGGUGGGGGCAGCGCAUAAUGGAGUUCAAGGAGUUUGUUGAUCGAUUCAUCUGGAGAGGGGAGAAUGGUCAGGAUGAGGAAGAUGAUGACGAGGGUCAAACGGGUUACAUGGCGCAGCAUGAUCUGCUUGCUCAGAUUCCGGCUCUGCGAAAGGAUAUUUCCAUCCCUGAUUAUUGCUAUAUUGACCCCCCUGGCCCUGAACCAGGGACGCCAGUCUAUCUGAAGAAACGCCAGGAACAAAAAGAAAAAUUAAAAGCGAACAAAUCACACCCGGAUAAAACGAAGGAGACACCAGAGACAACAAUACACCCCGAAGCUUCCGACACAGAAUCCAACUACGGCCUCCCCAGCGACCCCAUCAUCAACACCUGGAUUGGCCCUUCGUGGACAAUCUCCCCCCUCCACCAUGAUCCCUAUCACAACAUUCUAGUCCAGGUCGCGGGCACAAAGUACAUCCGUCUAUACUCACCACACACACCCGCUUCCCAGAUCUACCCCAGAGGCAUGGAGACCGUCGAUUCCUCAUCCGAGCAUAAAGAAAACAGAGCCCAGGGAGGCGGCGGCGGCGGCGUCGGCCCCGACCAGAACAAACAACUCAUCGACAUGUCCAAUACAUCGCAGGUAGACCUUGCCUCUAUUGAGCUUUCCCCCGCGGAAUCCGACCAGUGGGACGCCAUGUGGCCUGGGUUUUUGCAGGCGGAGUAUGUCGAGACCGUUCUCAAGGAAGGAGAGUGUUUGUAUAUCCCUGUGGGAUGGUGGCAUUACGUCCGGGGAUUGAAGGCCGGGAUCAGUGUUAGUUUCUGGUGGGAAUAAUCGGCCUAUGCUUUUAUGAUUUCAGGGUUUGCCAUGCGUUAUGUCUAGAUACCAAUUUCGUUUCUGGGAUAUGAGUAUGAAUUGAACGUUUCAUUUCACAUACGUACUACACUACACUAUAUACCGUCUGUAUAGAUAGAUGCCCUGAAAUGAUGCAG